CAGAACACACAAAACAUUUCCGCGCUGAUUUAACGUCACUAUUUACAACUAUUUCUAAAUAAGUAGUGGAAUUGAUUGCAUUUCAUUUAUUUUUUCUAAUUUGAGAAAGAAAACUGUUCAGUCACGGCUCAUUCCUAAAUUAGAGGUCACCUGCCGAGUCAUGGAUUCUUAUCAUGUGUUAGAAUUGGUUGGAGAAGGCUCUUUUGGUCGAGUCCAUAAAGGAAUGAAGAAGUUUUUAGGACAAGUGGUGGCUCUGAAGUUCAUGCCUAAAAUGGGACGCUCGAAGAAAGAGCUGCAAAGUCUAAAAAAAGAAAUCGAGAUCAUGACAAACCUUCAACAUCCAAACAUUGUGAAACUUUUCGACAGCUUUGAAACCGAAACAGAGGUGGUGGUUGUGACCGAGUAUGCUGAGGGUCAGUUGUUCCAGAUCAUUGAGGAUGAUGGCAGCUUACCAGAAAGUCAGGUUCGUGAGAUUGCCUGCCAACUGGUGUCAGCUCUGUAUUAUUUGCACUCUCGUCGGAUUCUUCACCGAGACAUGAAACCACAAAAUAUCCUCUUUGAUAAAAAUGGAGUGGUGAAACUGUGUGACUUUGGGUUUGCGAGGGCAAUGAGUGUGUCCACUAUGGUGCUGACCUCUAUCAAGGGAACACCCUUAUACAUGUCCCCUGAAUUAGUGGCAGAGAAGCCUUACGAUCACACUGCUGAUCUCUGGUCACUUGGCUGCAUUCUGUAUGAGCUCCACACGGGGGCGCCUCCUUUCUACACUAACUCCAUCUUCCAUUUAGUGCAGCUCAUUGUGAAAGACCCCAUCAAGUGGCCAGACACUAUGAGCAGCACAUGCACGAGUUUCCUAAAAGGUUUGUUGACCAAAGACCCUCAGAUGCGACUGUCAUGGCCGGACCUCCUGCAUCAUCCUUUUGUUGCAGAUGGUGUUCAAGUGCUGCCAGAUACAGAUGUUUCCAGUCCUCUGACAGUCACCCCAGACCCUGACAUGCUGGCACUGAAACUUAAACAAAUAGCAGAAAAGACACCAGUAAAAUCUGGGGAGAGCAAAAUAGUGCGAAAGGUCAAAGAGCAGAGAAGCAAAAGUGACCCAAAGACAUCAGUCGGCAGUGCUAAAGAAAUGAAGGAUGGAGUGGAAAGUGAGAAAGCCAAUUCUUUAGUAACAUCAGUGGGCCUUAGGGACAAAUCCAUCACCCCAGUUUAUUCAACUCUGAAAGCUCCUCAAAUUUCAUAUCAAAAGAACCAUACAUCUGGUUCUUCAAAUAGAGGUCUAAUCAGCCAAGACUAUGAACGAGAGUUCCCCUCAGUAGAAGUUGGGCCACGACAAGAGAGAAGAUGUGACGUCACUAAAAAUGUGUCAAGUUUCACAACAGUCGAGAGUGAGGAAUUCUGGGAGAAGCUUGUUGAAGAAUCCGACCUAAGCAGACUAGAAAAACAUCCGUUCAACUGCAGUAACAUUGUAGCUCUACUGAAAUCCAGUAUUUUGCUGUUUGAAAAACAGUUAAGUGGUGGUGUCUUUGAGGACGUGUGGCGCAUUCGCCAUCCGCUGAAAGUCCUGCGGAACCUGAUUCUGACCUCUGACCCAAAUGACAAUAUUAACCAACUAGGACUGCCACAUCUUAUCAUUAGCUUAGUUCACAACUCUGUUGGAAACUCCCAUUUCAUUCAGCAACCGGGGAGUCUGCAAGCACUUGGGGAAAUGAUUGUUGUUCUACUGAUCUACUGGCAGAAGAACCAUGACUGGUUGAAAGGAGAAAACAGACCUGAAGAGUUCAUCAAGCCCUUCUUAACAAUCCUUAACCAAGCAGACCUCAAUCCUUUAGCUCCUCUGGCUGGCUGUGUUUUAUCUCUCUUUACUCGAGACAAGGUUGCUGUCAAUAUUGAUGUGGACAGGCUCAGCUUCUUGCUGAAAGAACUUGUCUGUGGCUCUCAUCAGCAGGAGCUUUCUCUCCCGCCUGGAUGGGGACUCUGUGACGGCCUCCUAUCUUUACUUCUGCACACUCUCUCUGAGCAAUGCGAUGGUUCCUCAUGUUUGGAUCCACUCGUGAUUCAUCACGUUUGGGAAGAGAUCGGCACCUCAUUAGCAAAGACGAUGCCAGACAUGGACUUCUGCUCAACCAAUGGAUUGCAUGUUCUCAUGUCUGCCACAAUGUUGGUUCUCUGCAAGGAUCCAUAUUCAUAUAUUUCAUUGUUUUGUGAGGGCAAAUCAACAUUUGUGUACACUCUUGGCUGGCUGUUGAGCACUGAAUGUCAUGCUUUAUUUGCUGAAGGCUGUUCAGGUACAUCAGAAGGGGUCUUAAGUCCUGAGCUCUUUAUAGAGUUGAGCUCCCACUUCCUGUGCCUUCCAUUCGCCCUCAACCUGAAUUCACACACCUGUUCCAUUGUACUGCAUGUGUACGACAGCUGUGAUGUUGUUAAAAGGCUCCUGCAGGUGAUUGAAACUCUUCCUCCCUCAUCAGUAGAGGCGCCACUCUCACUACUACGCCGCCUGUUGCUGUGCGAUCGUCAACGUUGUGUUUCCCGCCUCUGUAAAGCUUCCUGUGGCUUUUUCUCCACACCAGCCGUCACUACAUCGGGCCAGCAGACUCCGACCAGAACCGCCAGUUCUCUGCUCUCUGAUUUGCUGCUGCUGGACGAACUGGGGGACUCUGCGGUAGAGCUCCUGUCUCUGUUAUACCUCAUCACGUGUUUUUGUCCUGGUCAGCUGCACCUAGAACCUUUAGUGCUGCACCGGGCACUGGCACACGCUUACGAUCCAAUCAGGGCUGGCACAUGUAAAGUUUUAGGAAAUGUGUUCCCGUUCAGGUCUCCCACACUGCCCAAUUUACAACCAAACAUUUUUAAAAGCAUGGUAGACCUUCUUGAGGAUGCUAGCGUGCAUGUGCGGCGUGCAGCUUGCUUGGCAGUUGGUAAAUGGUUGGGUUAUAUUGCAAUGGAAGCUGGGUUCAGCACCAGCAGGCACAGUGGAAAUGUAGGCAACACUAAAAAGUGGGUAAACGUAAAGGGCAAUGAUGCACACCAGGAUUCAAGCAGCGAAGCAGGAGUUGCCAUUGUGUCAAAGAAUGAAUCAGAUGAUGAAGAGAUUAGAAAAUGGUUAGAAGAAGCAAGAAUGACAGGAGCCAGACUGGCAUCGCUGACCUCUGACACUGAUGCCCACACUCGUGUCCACGCUUGUGCAGCACUCGGAAACCUGGUGCAUGUUCAUGGUGCUGUACCCACUCUGAUGGAGGAGAAUGUGUGCAGGUUACUCCUGAGGGCCGAUUGCACUGACACCCACCAUGCCGUGAGAGAAGCUGCCACGGCCACGCUAAGCUUGUACAGCCAGCAGGAUGCUAUAAGACAGGUCCUUAGAUCCCUGGAUGCCAGAAAAAAAACGUCUCCAGGCUUCCCAGCAUGCAUCAAAGCAAAGUGACUCUUCCUUUCAGAUAAGAAUGACUCGAAAUAAUUAUAUUUAUUCAAAUGCGGUUUUUGUCAAUGUGUAAUAAUAAUAUAACUCAUUUUCCGUUUAGGAUUAUAUUACUAAUUAAGCGUCCUCCGAUUUUACAUGAACAUACGAAUAAAUGUGAUCAAAUUUUUUAAAAUCUCAUUAUUCUGUACUAUUGACAAAAAGGCUCGCAACUGUUCCUCUUUUUUUUUUACAGCAUUUUAAUCAAACAUGAAAAGUAAAGUAUUUUAUGUUAGAUAAAUAAUAUAAGUAAAAAAUGUGACCUGGCAUCAUUUUGACAAAACGCCAAGUUAAUUAGGUCCGCAAAAACGCAGAUUUUAGUCGUACCCGGCCUUGUUACAUAUAACCAGAAAAGUCCAAUUUAAGAUUGUAUCGAUGGUCUUGCUGUUUUUCUUGAAAUGCACAACAUUCGUCUUUACUUUGUUGCAUUCUAAUAAUUGUCUCAUGUUGUUACGUAAAGAGUGUACAAAGAUCACAGACAACACCAUUUGAAAGCCACACGUUUAUUUUCAACAGAAAAGGGUCGCUAACACACAAAUACGCUAAAAUGAUGAUGAAAUGUGCUGCCGUUACAUUUUUUUAAUUAAAUAAAUAUUGCCAGCGCUUAUUUUCAAGAUUUUCGUAAAAUAAAUGCAUAGAAAAAAUAUUCCCGAAAUUCUUAGGCAGCAGCGUCUUUAACAAACAAUCUAACGAGGCGCAUUGUUUCACUAAAUUCUCUACAAAGCAAAGAGUUAUCACACUCUAUUCGCAUAUUAUAAAAGUUGCUACAAAUUAGUGCAGAUCAGCCUGAGGCUAUGAGACAUAUUGCAGUAAUAACGCCGAUUCAUUCCCAAAUAUACAAUUUAUAUUCCAGGAGCUUGAAGACGUGUAAAAAUGUAGUUAAUUUAACUAAAACAAUAUGUGUGCAAUAUUUUCAAAAUAUGCAGGACUUUUUUUUUUCCUGCUUGAUUAGAGGGCAAAUCGAGCAUCCUGAGGAGAGUAUGUGUUCCCAUCAAAGCCAGCACAGCAGGCUAAAAUAAAAUAACUAAAAUAAGACUUAAAUUAAAUCAAAGUAGAAGAAAGGCAGAUAAAAGAAAAAAAACACCUGCUUUUAACAUUCCAAAUCUCAUUCAGUAGUUCUGCAUUAAACCUGAAGUCAGUCAAAGCUCGAAUUUCCAAACAAUAUAAUUUAAAUUAAUACAAAAUCAAUAUUAUUCAUAACAUUGAUUGUAGGCUACACAUUUGUAUGCUUAUUUCUUAUUUGUAGCAGCUCAAGAAGUGGAUACAUAUUGGAAAAUCAAUUAGUCCAUUUUAAAAGAACGGUCAAUAGGAAUGUAUGAAGUUUAAAAUGGUAAGAAUGAAGAAAUGUAUGUUGACAACAUUCAAAUUUUACAUACAACAAUUUUAAACAAGGGGGGAAAAAGGUUUGCUGUGACAUAAAUUCUUACGUAAGGCCCAUCAAAUAUUAAACCUGCAGAAUCAAUCAAACAUUUCUAAAUUACAAUUAUUAGAUUGACACAGUGUUAAAGUGAUUGUCGUGAGCCUCAGGACAAGUGCAGGGAAAGCGAUGGAAGCAUUUCAUUUUGUGGUGAUUUGGACUAUAGAGGGGGAAAAAAGUCACAUUACCAAA